UUUCUGUUUGGGCAUUGUUGGCAUCCUAUGAUGAUAAAUACUAAAGUGAUUUGGGAGCCUGUUUUUCAACUUGUAAGAUGCAUUAGAUGCUGAGAACCUUUGCAUGAUUUGGUUUUUUUUAUGUUGGGUCAUCAUGAUUUGGUUGUUUUACGUUAUAUGAUAUGAUACUUUAACAUCCUUUGCCUCGUUAGGUUAACUUUGUAGUAUUGUUUUAUAUUAUGAGCUAUUUGUUUAUAUUGCUUGAAUUUUAUUUGCUUUUGACAGGAGGCAAGCAAAUACAUGGAAGGACAACAUCAUGUAAAGAAAGCUGCACUUAAAGUUCGUGCAUAUGCAUUGAAUUUUCUAAAGGAUAAUAGAUCUCAUGGAAGAUCCUCUCAAGCUGAAGCACCCACAACACCUGAGAAGAUAUCUGACUCUGGGACUGUGGACAUGUCAUGGGAGGAUAAUCUUUCAGAAGAAAGUCUUUUCUACACGGUUCCUCCAUCUGCCAUGGAAUCAUAUAGAAAAUCUGUUGAAUCUCACUUUCUACAAUGCGAGAAAACUGGUAGUAGCAUUCAGGAGGAGGUUGAAACAUCUAUGUAUGACACCCCAGCAGAUUUUGGAUCUGAAGAGAUUGCAUAUGAUGAGGAUGAAGCAGAAACCAGUACUUACUAUUUGGCUGCUGCUUAUGAUGGUAGCAGACCACCGAAAUCUUUACAGAAACGGCAUAAAAACAGGAUAAAGUCUUACACUAAUAGGUCCAGUGAAGUUGGAGCUGAUUUGCCUUAUGCACGCUAUACAACUGGAACUCAGCCAUCCACGCUGUUCGGAAAAAGGCCUGGUAGUUUACAUGUUGGCCCAAUACCAAUAAAACGCAUGCGUACAGCUUCUAGGCAGAGAGUUGUGAGUCCUUUCUCGGGGGUCAGCGGGACAGCACAGGCUCAAGCUAAGACAGAUGCUUCGAGUGGAGAUACCAGUUCCUUUCAGGAUGAACAGAGUACUUUACAUGGAUCACAAAUCCAGAAAAGUGUGGAGGUGGAGUCAGCUGGAGAAUUUGAGAAGCCAUUGCCUUUUGAUUGUGCAGAAACAUCUGUUAAAACAAAGAAGAAAAAGCUAAAAAAUUCGGGUUCUACAUAUGAUCCGGCAUGGCAAUUGGAUUCUGUUGCUCUAAAUGAACAGAGGGAUCAUUCAAAGAAUAUAUUGGAUAGCCAUCACUUUAAAUCCAAUGGUAGUGGUUUAUAUGGGCAACAUAAUGAGCAGAAGCCAAAGACGAUGAAGCAAACUUGAUAACAAUUUUGACAAUAUUGCUCAGUGACUAAUUCUAUUCCUUCCCCAGCUGCUUCACAAAUGAGCAACAUGUCCAACCCAAGUAAAUUUAUUAGGAUAAUUAGCAGACUUGACAGGGGCA